UGGAAUAUUUUUUGAGGUAUCUCGUGAUCUUUGAUUGGCUUGUUCUUCCCUUACUUUCUCUGUCAUUUUCCAAGUUUCAAUCCUUUAAGCUCUUAGGUUUUUAUAUUUGUUUUAGGACUAAUAUUUAUAUGAUUUAUGGGUGAUCCUUCAGCUUCAUAUAUCCACAUGGUACACCAUCUCAUAGAAGAGUGUUUGAUCUUCAACAUGAGCAAAGAAGAGUGCAUGGAAGCUUUGUCUAAGCAUGCAAAUAUUAAACCAGUCAUUACUUCCACAGUUUGGAAUGAGUUGCAGAAAGAAAACAACGAGUUCUUUGAAGCUUACACAAAGGGCAGAGAUCAAAGAGCAAAUGAAUUAGAGCAAAGGCAAACCCAGCUUAUUAAUGCUUCCAUUAAAGAGAACCAAAAGAACUAAUUUUAUGUAUGUAUGUAUGUAUGUAUGUAUGUAUGUAUGUAUGUAUAAGCCAAGACCAAAGGGCUAAGAUGAUUCAAAUUUUAUUAUAAUUUAUUUAUAAAACAAAUUUAUAAAGUUUUAGCAAGAAAUUAAAAAUGAAUAUAAGUUAAUAUAAACAUUUCUAUAUUAAUAUAGAAUUUAUAAAUUUUAUGAUAAAUUUGGUAAAUUAAU